AGAAUAUGAACCGCUUGCGUUCUGUUCGUGUAGUCACUCAGUAGUGUCAUGGAGGUAACAUGGCCGAGGAGACGCGCCUAGUUCGCGUUGAGGAGAGACUCAAAAUAAAAAUUGGUGAGGUAAAGAAUCUUUUAAGUCGAGGCCAUGGAUCCCCUGGAACACGAGAUGUUUAUUGUGCCCUGUCUCUUGAUCAGGAGGAAAUUUUUCGUACUAGCACAAUCGAAAGAACUCUCGAUCCAUUCUUUGGAGAAGAGUUCCAAUUUGAGGUGCCAAGAAAGUUCCGCUACCUCGGAAUUUACGUUUACGAUCGUGACAGACACUUGAAGCAAGAUAAGAUCUUGGGAAAAGUGGCGAUAAAACAAAAAGAUUUAGCUUCAUACCAUAGUAAGGAACAUUGGUUUCCAUUAAGUCCAGUUGAUGCUGACUCUGAAGUACAAGGAAAAGCACAUUUAGAACUUGCUCUUCAACCUCAAGUCAAUCACACCCAGCCUAAGCUUAUAGUUCGAGUGAUUGAGUGUAGUGAGCUAACAAUAAAAAACGGUGGAUGUGAUCCGUUUGCUACAGUCACGGUCAAUUAUAGCAAUGGAAAGCAAAUUUGCAAACGUACAAAGGUGAAAAAGAAGACUGUAUCCCCGUACUUCAAUGAAACAUUUAUUUUUGAGCCCGAACCGACAGAACCAAAGGAAAAGGAUGUUUCUCAUUAUUCUAUCGAUGGAGAAGUUGGAGAAGUUGUUGUUGGUCUCUGGCAUGCUUCUCCAGGCAUGGGAGAACAGCCAGCAUUCUUGGGUGAAGUUAGGGUUCCACUCAGAGGCCUACAAAAGCAACCAACCAGUACAUCUACUGCUUGGUAUUUCUUACAGCCUCGGGCAACAAAACACCGUCCAAGUAAAAUAACGCAUAAUUCAACGCCGCCAGGGACUCUUCCAAGUCUUGGAUCUUUGCGUUUAAAGAUCCAUUACACUGCAGAUUAUGUCUUUCCUUCAGAAAUGUAUGAUAGAUUACGUAGUUUACUUUUACAAAGUGUUAAUGUGCAACCUAUAACGGCAUCUGCGGUUUACAUCUUGGGUGAAAUUGUAUCGAGUAAAAUGGAAGCAGCUCAACCUUUGGUUAAAGUUUUGGUUCAUCAUGGACAGUUAGUAUCGGUCAUUAGAGCGUUAGCUAGUCAUGAAAUUUCGAAAUUAACAGAUCCUACGACAAUUUUCCGUGGUAAUACACUUGUCAGUAAGAUGAUGGAUGAAGGAAUGCGUCUGGCAGGACUUCAUUAUCUUCAUAGUACACUUAGGCCUGCCAUCGAUCAAGUUAUUCUUGAGAAAAAACCUUGUGAAAUUGAUCCAACUCGAGUUAGAGAUGCCACUACUAUUCAAACUAAUUUGGCUAAUUUGAAGGAAUACGUAGAACGUGUAUUUACGGCAAUCACAACGUCUGGAGUAAGAUGUCCACCAUUAAUGUGUGAAAUGUUUUGGUGCUUAAGGGAACUUGCGGCUAUACAUUUUCCGCAGAACAAAGAAGUGAGAUACUCUGUUAUUAGUGGAUUUAUAUUUCUCAGGUUCUUUGCUGCUGCAAUUUUAGGUCCAAGAUUAUUUGACAUCACAACUGAACAAAUUGACUUUCAAACAAAUAGAACAUUAACACUUAUCUCCAAGACAAUACAAAGUUUAGGUAAUUUAGUUAGUUGUCGGGGAGGUGCUGGAAGUGUUUGUAAAGAAGAAUAUAUGGAAGGCGUGUAUAGAGAAUUUUAUACGGAAAAGCAUAUUCAAGCAGUUAAGCAAUUUUUAGAAUUAAUUUCUACUAGUAGUAACAGUGGAACAGCACGGCGUCCGACUAUACUUCAAGAACAACCAGUAGUUUUAAAAGAAGGAGUUAUGAUCAAAAGAGCCCAAGGCCGUAAACGAUUUGGGAGGAAAAAUUUCAAACAAAGAUAUUUUAGACUGACUACACAAGAUCUGACUUACUCAAAAACAAAAGGGAAGGAACCUUUGUGUAGAAUACUUUUGGAGGAAAUUUUGGCUGUGGAAAGAUUACACGAAGAUUCGUUUAAGAUGAAAAAUAUGUUUCAAAUAGUACAACCUCAACGAGCACUUUAUGUGCAAGCUGGAAAUUGUGUUGAAGAAAAAGAGUGGAUUGAUAUCCUGACGAAAAUCUGUCACACAAAUAGUAAUCGAUUAGAGCGAUAUCAUCCAAGCGCUUACAUCAAUGGUCAUUGGCUGUGUUGUAGAGCAACAUCUAAAACUGCUUUAGGAUGUAGCGAAGCAUCUGCGGGCAUUGAAGCUGGUUUACGAAUGGUUCUUGAUCCAGAUAGAGAUCUACAGAGGAUUCAUUCCCUUAUUUAUGCGAAUAUGGCACGACUAGAAACACUAAUGAGUAAUUGUGAAUGCCAAGCAGUUUAUGGUGCCAGUGAAAUGUGUGUUUUACAAGGUGGUGGAUCACCAAUUGAAGAUGUAACUUCGACUUUCAAAACGUUAACAGCCUUAAGAGAUGCGGCAUUUGCUUUACAACGUGAGCAUCGUGCUUACUUUAGAAAAUUGGCUCGAGACACCAAAUACGGUAGCAAACAAGCACCAAUUGGUGAUGAUAACUACCUCCUUCUAGCUGCUAGAGCAGGCUACGAGGGACAACUUACGAAACGUGCAUUCACAGCAGAUACAGAUAACUUGAAUCAACAAUGUAUCGAUACAGGGUUCACUUAUGAUAAUUUUAUGCGUCGAAUAGAUGAUCCUAGAUACGAUGAAUCUUUGAGAAAAUGUUUGGAUUCGGAUUCGAUCAAUCGUAGGUAUGAGAAUGAAAAUAAUACUAUAAAGCAUUAUGAUAAUAAUUCAGAUACUAUUCGAAGUAUUCAGAAUGAUCUCAAUAAGUUUGAUCGUAGUCUGAACAAUACUUUAAGAUCUGAAAAGAAUGACAAUGAAAAUUGUGAAAAUCAAAGGCGGAUAGAAGUUGGAAGUUUAUUAACAUGUGAAGGAAUUAAUUUAUCAAGUACACUAUCUAGGAAAUUCAGUAAUUAUGAUAACACCAGAAAGUUUAGUAAUGAAGGCUCUUUAUCUUGGAGAAUACGAGACGAUGCUUCGGAUAUAUCGUCUAGUUCAAUGAGUGGUCGGGGGAAUCAUUAAAAUUUUAUUAAUGUAAAAAUCGAUUAUAAAUUUUAUUCAUUCAUCUCAUUAAAAAUUGAUUCUUGGAA